AUGACGGAGGCAGAGAUUCGCGCUCUGUGUCACAAGUCUCGUGAGAUCUUCCUUUCACAACCGAUUCUUCUGGAACUUGAAGCGCCGCUGAAGAUUUGUGGAGACAUCCACGGACAAUACAACGAUUUGCUUCGCCUAUUCGAGUACGGAGGAUUCCCACCAGAGGCCAACUAUCUCUUCCUCGGUGACUACGUUGAUCGUGGAAAGCAGAGUUUGGAGACGAUCUGCUUGUUGCUCGCCUACAAAGUCAAAUAUCCAGAGAACUUUUUCCUUCUCCGCGGAAAUCACGAGUGCGCUUCGAUCAAUCGUAUAUAUGGUUUCUAUGAUGAAUGCAAAAGACGUUUCUCGAUCAAACUGUGGAAGACGUUCACCGAUUGCUUCAAUUGUCUUCCGAUAGCCGCUCUCAUCGACGAGAAAAUCUUCUGUUGCCACGGAGGACUCUCUCCUGAUCUUCAGAACAUGGAACAGAUUCGUCGUGUGAUGCGACCGACCGACGUGCCAGACACUGGAUUGUUGUGCGAUUUGUUGUGGUCCGAUCCGGAUAAGGAUGUGACCGGAUGGGGAGAAAACGAUCGAGGCGUCUCGUUCACGUUCGGACCAGACGUCGUCGCGAAAUUCUUGAAUCGACACGAUUUGGAUCUGAUAUGCAGAGCACAUCAAGUUGUGGAAGAUGGAUACGAGUUCUUUGCGAAGAGACAACUCGUCACACUAUUCUCAGCGCCAAACUAUUGCGGAGAGUUCGAUAAUGCGGGUGGAAUGAUGAGCGUUGAUGAGACGUUAAUGUGCAGUUUCCAGAUUCUGAAACCAUCAGAAAAGAAAGCCAAGUAUCAAUACCAGGGAAUGAACAGUGGACGACCGGCGGUGGGCGGAGGACGGCCCGGAACGACUGCUGGAAAGAAGUAA